AUGAUGCUUACGAAUAGUUUGAGAAAAGUUUUUGUUGUGGGAUAUGCCAGAACUCCCUUCGGCUCUUUGAGCGGGAGCCUAUCACAGAUACCUGUGCACAAAUUAGCCAGCACAACAAUCUUGAAAGCCCUAGAAAGAAGUCAAAUUGAAAAAGAUGAAAUAGACUCCUUGAUUUUCGGACAAUCCUUCCCCGCCGGAUGCGGACCUUUGCCACUCCAAAGAAUUGUAGUUGCGUCUGGAAUAAACAUGAACGUGAAAACAUACCUAAUAAACAACAUGUGCUGUGGAGGCCUGGACGCAGUUACUAUUGGGUAUGAAAUAAUCAAAGGAGGUAAGGACAUUUGCAUCGUUGGAUCAAUGGAAUCUAUGUCACAGAGUCCAUUUUAUUUGAAAAAAUUAAGAACUGAAAAAUAUCAUCUAGGAAACAACAUCAUAAAUGACAGUAUUGUGUGCGAUGGGUACGAUUAUAUAACUAAUAAUAAAGAAUUAAAAAGAAAUAACAAUAUGGAAUUGUUUUGUAAAAAAUUUAAAAUACCUAGAGUAGACUUGGAUACAUAUGUUAUCAAUUCAUUUAAGAGAGCAGCUAAUGCUUAUAGUGAUAAUUUAAUUCAACAAGAAAUGUAUCCUUUAAUAAUUCAAAGAAAACAAAGUCCAUUAAAGAAUGAAAAAACUAUCAUAGAUAGUGAUGAAAUAUAUAAAAAAUGCAACAUAGAUGAUAUCUGUAAUUUAAGUAGUGAAUCCAUUGUGACGAAUUAUAAUAUAGCACCAUUUGCUGAUGGUGCUUGUGCAAUUGUUCUUAUGAGUGAACGAAAAAUAAAUGAAUUAGAAUUGAAUCCAUUAGCAGAAAUUGUUACUUAUGAUAAUGCAUCUGUGUAUCCUUCAGAUUUUCCUCUUAGCAUUUCUCACUCCAUAACCAAGUGCCUCAAAAAGGGAAAUAAAUCGUCAGUUGAUUAUUACGAAAUUAAUGAAUCUUCCGCGUUAGAUGUAGUAUAUAAUAUGCGUAAUUUAAACUUGGAUGAAUCCAAUGUCAACAUUAAUGGUGGAGCAUUAUCAUUAGGACAUCCAAGUUCAGUAUCUGGUUCCAGAAUAUUCAUUUCACUAAUUACAGUUUUAAAAAAUUUCGACAUGAAAUUCGGUUGUGCUUCUAUAAAUAACUACCUGGGCACAUCCACAUCUGUCAUUGUUGAAAAUUUAUAG